GUGUUGGUAGAAUUGGUAAUAUUUUUUACAUAUAUGGGUGAUGAUUGGUGACUAAAAUCUUUUUCUAAGGUCAUUGCUUUAUUGUCAUAAAAAUUGAUUGUAUAUUUCACGAAAUACUCAAGUUUGAAUAUACUGUUGUGCACUAUUUAGAAUAAGUUAAGAUGAGCUUCCUUUUUGGAAGCCGUUCUUCAAAAACAUUCAAGCCAAAAAAGAAUAUACCUGAAGGGACCCAUCAGUAUGAGUUAAUGAAACAUGCUGCUGCGACACUGGGCUCUGGUAACUUACGAUUAGCUGUUAUGCUUCCUGAAGGAGAAGAUCUCAAUGAAUGGGUAGCUGUGAACACUGUUGACUUCUUCAACCAAAUAAACAUGCUGUAUGGGACAAUAACGGAAUUUUGCACAGAAGAUAGUUGUCCUAUAAUGUCAGCCGGUCCAAAAUAUGAAUAUCACUGGGCAGAUGGACACACUGUGAAGAAACCAAUCAAAUGUUCAGCACCUAAAUAUAUAGACUAUUUAAUGACCUGGGUACAAGAUCAGCUAGAUGAUGAAACCUUAUUCCCAUCCAAGAUAGGUGUUCCUUUUCCAAAAAACUUUCAGUCUAUUGCGAAAACUAUUCUAAAGAGGCUCUUUAGAGUUUAUGCACAUAUUUAUCAUCAACAUUUUAGUGAAGUUGUGCAAUUAGGAGAAGAGGCACAUUUGAAUACUUCUUUUAAACAUUUCAUAUUUUUUGUCCAGGAAUUCAAUCUCAUAGAAAGAAGAGAACUGGCACCCUUACAGGAAUUAAUUGAUAAAUUGACAGCAAAAGAAGCACGAUGAAUUUGGUUACAGUAGAAAUAGAAGUUGAACAUGCCUUUAGUGCAUAUAAUUUGCCUGUAUCUCUAUGGAUUCUUAUUCUUCGUGGGAAAGUAACACAUUGGAUGAUUUUUUUAAGUUAUUAUCUAGUUAUUCAGUUUAUUUAUGAAAUAUUUGUUAUUCACACAACUGUUGAAGUGAUUUACAAUUCCACUUACUUUUAUAUCAAGAUAUUUAUUUUGAAGAUGCCCUUCACUGAAGUUUUUUCCUGAUGAUGCUUGAUCUGAAGAAAAUGAAAGAAUUGCUAUUUUCGAAGGUAAUAUGCAUGUGCUCUCUUCAAUAGUUUUUGAAACACUCUUAUUCUUGUGAAGUAGGAGAAGAGAAUUCAGACUAACACAAAAAUUCUGAAAAAAUUGAUUUAUGAAGCUUAUCAAUACAAUUCCUUUGAUUUCAAUAGAUCGAAGGUAAAGUCUGAGUAUAUGUGGAAAAAAUGUUAUGUUUUUGUUUGCACUCCAAAAUGGAAGGAAACUGAAGUUUUGUGUAACUGAUAAAUAUUUUAAUUUUCAACUUCAGGACAAAUCCAAUAUAAUAGUUUAAAAAUUUCCACACUAUGAAUUUUAUGUAGGAAAAAAUUCACUCAACGUACUCUUUCAUUUGAAUUGAUUCAUACCAAAAAGACCAACAUAUUAUGAAUUCAUCCUUCAGUUCUCGAAUUGUCUUCAGAGAGUAUUUAUAAAAAUAGAAAUACAAUUAUCAAAUAGUCAGCUAAUUUUGGGAUCAAGAUAUGUAUGUUUCAAAUGUGGAUCAAAGAUAUUCAUAUUUUCAGGAAAUUCAGUAAUCAUUAUCAAUUCAUUUUCAAGUUUUUCUAAGUCGCUUAUGUAAUUGUUUUUGAACAAAUUUGUUGUAACGAAAAUUAUUCCUUUGAUCAAAUAAUGGUAAUCGUAGAAAAUGAGAGUUGAGUAAAAUAAAUGUAUCCAACUUUGGUUGAUUGCAAAUAGCCAUUAACUUGAUUGGGAUAAAAAAUUUGUAUACAUAUUUUUGUCUCUUCCCAAUGAAAUUAGUAGUUAUGAUUUGAUUUGCUAAUACUUUUUUUAACUGAAUACUUACUGAUAUGUUUCACUACAAGUUUCUCAGCAUCAACAAGGGUUCGUUUUUGUUUGUGUGAAAUAUAUUUUAGUUAUAGUUUGUGUUAUUUCUAUACAUAUAGUUUUUUUUAUAAAUUUUCGGUAAUUCAAUCUAUUCUUCAACUACAUUUUAUGGAACUUUUCAUAUCAACUAUGUUACUCUCCAAUUAUUUUUUCACUGUGGCUGUGCUUAUGAUAAGCAUUCAUUAUUUUUUGGUAUGGAAUAAACAUUUUUCAAACAACUAUAGCAUUUCUAGUCUGUUAUCGUUAUAAUUGGAGGGUACCAUACAAUUAUUCAAAUAAAUUUGGUUAAACAGGG